AUGGGGGCUGUGCUGGGGGGGUUCUCCCUGGCCGCAUGGCUGCCGUGCCUGUGCAGCAGCGCCACCUGCAUGAUGUGCAGCUGCUGUCCACACAGCAGGAACUCCACCGUCACCCGGGUGGUCUACGCCUGCGUCCUGCUGCUGGGCACCGUGGUGGCCUGCGUCAUGCUGUCGCCCGGCGUGGACCGCCUGCUCCAACAGAUCCCAGGGUUCUGUGAGGAUGGCGCCGGCUCCUCGGUCUCUGGACUGCAGGCUGGCCUGGACUGUGACAUGCUUGUGGGCUACAAAGCCGUGUACCGCAUGUGCUUCGCCAUGAGCGUGUGGUUCCUGGGGUUCUCCGUCCUGACGAUCAACAUCAAGAACAGCAGGAGUUCUCGAGCGGCCAUCCACAAUGGGUUCUGGUUCUUUAAGAUCGCCGCCCUGGUGGCAGUGAUCGUCGGUGCCUUCUACAUUCCCGACAGGCCUUUCACCUACGUGUGGUUCAUGGUGGGCUCCGCCGGAGCCUUCUUCUUCAUCGUGAUACAGCUGGUGCUGCUGGUGGACUUUGUCCACUCCUGGAACGAGUCCUGGGUGGACAGGAUGGAGACCGGCAACUCCAGAGGCUGGUAUGCAGCUUUGCUGGCCGUCACGUCCCUCAACUACAUCCUGUCUUUCACCGCCGUCGCCCUGUUCUCCGUCUUCUACACCAAACCUGACGGCUGCUCCAUCAACAAGUUCUUCAUCAGCUUCAACAUGCUGUUCUGCCUCGCCGCCUCGGUGGUGUCCGUGCUGCCUCGGGUUCAGGAGUCUCAGCCUCGCUCGGGCCUGCUGCAGUCCUCCUUCAUCACCCUGUACACCAUGUUUCUGACCUGGUCCGCCAUGAGCAACGAGCCCGAUCGAACAUGCAACCCCAGCCUGCUGAGUAUCCUGGCAGGCCCCACGCCGGCCCCUCUGGAGGUGGAGAACCAGACCGCCGUGGUCAUCGAGAGCGAGGAACCUGCCCUCACGUCUCCGUACCUGCAGUGGUGGGACGCCCAGAGCAUCGUGGGACUCAUCAUCUUCGUCCUCUGCAUCCUCUACUCCAGCAUCCGCUCCUCCAACACCAGCCAGGUGAACAAGCUGACCAUGGCCUCCAGAGACUCUGCCAUCCUGGCGGAGGGGGGCGGCGGCCCCGUGCGGUCGGAGACGGCCGGGGGACCGCGGCGGGUGGAGGACAACGAGCGGGACAUGGUGCAGUACAGCUACUCCUUCUUCCACUUCAUGCUGUUCCUGGCUUCACUCUACAUCAUGAUGACUCUCACCAACUGGUACAGCCCUGAUGCAGACUACACCAUCACCAGCAAGUGGCCGGCCGUGUGGGUGAAGAUCUCGUCCAGCUGGCUGUGCCUGCUCCUGUACGUCUGGACCCUCAUCGCUCCCAUGCUCCUCACCAACCGGGACUUCAGCUGACCUUCAGCGGUCUCCGCCCGGACGCCAUCGCCACCGCUACCGCCGCCACCGCGUUGCCUACAUGUCGCUGUUAGGACACACCCCUGUUUUGUACCGUCAGCAGUGUUAUUCACAGGUGCCAUGACAAGUCUUCACUCCAGCAUCAACUCAAAUCUGACACUGAAAAGCAAAUAGAGGAAGAAAUUUUUCAAU